CGCGAAGAACAGCAGAAGUAAGCAGAAAACUCGGCACUCGAAAAAGAAGAAGAUUGAGAAGGCAUGUGGGCGGCAACGGUCUCCUUCCCUUGUUACGCACACCCGAAACCGAUUCAUCUGUCGAAUCGUACGGACUCCAAGCCUUUGAAGCUCCAAGUGAGAUCUUCCUUUUUCGACUAUCCUCUCGCAAGCAAAAUCUUGGUUAAAAAUAUACCAUAUUCCACCAGUGAAAAUAGUUUGCAGCAGAAAUUUUCGAGUUUCGGCCAGAUAGCUGAAGUUAAACUAGUCAAGGAUGAAUCCUCAAGAAGAUCCAAGGGGUUUGCAUUUAUUCAAUAUACCAGUCAAGAUGAUGCUAUGCUCGCCCUGGAAAAUAUGGAUCGCAAGAAUCUUGACGGCAGGAUCAUCUACGUAGAGCUUGCGAGACCCGGGAAAGAUGCUUAUGGAGAAUACCCAAGAACCUCUGGUCCGCCAAAGAAGCAGAAUUUGCCACAGCAAGAGGAAGUUGCGGACUGCUGGUACUGAUAGAAAACAGCACUGUAAGUACGCUCGCUAGAAUGGAAAUGCAGAGGUGCAUUUCACCCCUGCAACUAUUAGCAGCGCGGCCGAGUGUUCAUCACUGUGUAUGUGUAAGUGGUGUAUGGUUAGAGCAUUGUAAUUGGAAAGUCUAGAAUGUCGUUACGAUACAAAUGAGAUACUGUAUCAUUACGAUAUAGUUUGUAAUGAUUCUUAUUUCAAUAACUUCUUAUGCUACACAGAUUGGGAUUGA